UCCUAGUCACGUCAUAAUUGACAAAAAGUCAUCGCACUAAUCACAACAUCAAAAAAUUCCCAGUAAAUUUAAAAUGUCUCAACCGGGGUCUACCGCGGAACAAUUGCUGGGAAGUAUUUACGAAGAAACAGUCCAGUUAUUCGAAGGCAUGAAAUCGGCAUUAUUAGAAUCCAUCAAUUUAACCGCACAAGAAAUGAAAAACCAGAACGACAUCAUGCUCAAACAGCUACAUCAGGAUUUAGAGGAGCUGCAAAAUAAACUUGACACGAAGGAAAUAAAAAAACAAAUGGCGGCCAAAUCAAAAGAACUUAACGAAAAAAUAGUUGAAAGGGAACGACAGACGAUCAGCACGAUUAAUGAGACCUGGACGAUGACGAAGAACAAAUUGAAUAGCUCUUAUGAGUUGGCCAAGUCGACCCUUGCAGAGAAAAGUAGCAAAGAGUUGGAAAAAACGUUCAAAGAAGUCCUUAAGGGGUUAGAAAAAGCCGUUGCAGACUGCAUUAAAGUGAUCAAAGAAUAUGCGAAAACCGGUAAAAACAUGAUUAACGACUUCCUGAAAGGAAUUAAAUAAACCCUUCUUUUGUGAGUUUCAUAUGUGUGAUUAAAUAAGGGCUAUGAUUUGUUUGUUCCUCAAAAAAAAAACAUAAAAUAAACAUAUAUAAAUAUAAUUUA